UAUCAUCAUUCUUUUAUACUUUUCGUAUUUUGAUUAUUUUCUUGGUUGCUAAAGUAGAAUUUUUGGAACUUAUCGGACGAGUACUAAAGUGAUACUAUGAAUAAAUAUCCAAUCAUUGUCAAUCUUGAACGUUUCACAUCAAAGAAUGAUCUCAUAAAUACAAUAAAGCUUGCCCUAAAAAACUUUGAAGAUGAUAACGUAAAGAAAAUUGUGAUUCAUCAUUUCCAAUGGCAGCCGAAACACCAUCUCCCUAAGUCACAAAUGUCAGAAAAAAAAAUAAACAUUAGCGAAGCCCAAGUUCACUACUUCUUGGGUUCAAUUUUUGUUUGUUAUCAAUGUUUUGUAUUUUGUGGUAUCUUGUUGAAUGAGGUAAAGGCAUUAUUGUCUGAUGAAGACAAACUCACUUCUGAAGAGAGGGGACAAUUAAAUAAUCUAAAAGUAGACCUCAACUAUUUAACCAAGCUUCUCGAUAAAAGAUGUCUUUACGACUACAAUUUUGGUGGCUUCAAGAAAGAAGUUAGAGAUGUGGCAAAUGAUGUGGAUCUUGUGAAAGUUGUGAAAAAUAUAGAAAGUACCAUUUCCAAUCUAAACCAUCCUGAGGUAAAUGAUCUCUUUGACUUGGAACUCACCCGAGAAGAUAUUCUGUGCUCAGUGCUUGGUUUGAAAGAUGAGUUUGGUUGCAGGCUUUUCGAACUAAGUCCUCACAUGAGAGAACACAGGAGUGAAAAGGAAAAUUUGCUAAGGUUCUUGAAGGAGUUUAAGGAAGAAGACAGCAUAGAAAAUCUCAGAGAUAGUAAAGAUGUUGCUGACAUCUUAUUCAAGAUUGGUUUUACAAAGCAUCGAUCUCAAUUUAUUGCUAAAUGGAUAACCAGCAUGCCAGAUCCGAAUCACAAACCAAUUUUAUCUUGGGUGGAAACUUACAUUGAAAAUCAUUUUAGGUAUGAUAUCUUAUUAAAGGAUCAAGUCUUCGAUUUCCCAUUCGAAAAUGAUUAUAGGAAAAAAUUGUUUACAGUGAAUUUCUCACGUUUUGAUGAAGAGGGAAGACAUAGUCAUCCUGUAAAUAUGACCAAUUUUGAAUCGCCAGAAGAUGCUCUACACCAUGUUGAAUCAAAAGUUGCUGAACUAAAUGAAAAUGAUCCUGAACUAAAUAAAAAUAAUCCUCAGAGAAAAGUAUAUUUCCAUUGUACUGAUCACAAAAGUGCUGUUGAUAUUCUAGAAAUCGGAAUUGAGCUGGGUUUUGGUCGUGACAAAUUAGACUUCUCUGAUGGAGAAGGGUUCUACAUGGUAAAUAACGCAGAGUUCUCAUUAGCACAUUAUGGAAAGACCAGUACUCAUCCAGCUAUUAUCAUGUUUGAUGUGAGUCCUCAAGAACUGAGCAACUUUAAAGGAAUUGAUUUAUCCAGUGCUGAAAAGGAAGAAGAUUGGAAAUUGAUUGUUGAGUAUUUUCGCUCUGGUAGCCAUGGUAUUGGUAAUUUACCCAAGAAUUUGUUGUCACACAUAAGACAAUGGGAUUACAUCAGAGGGCCUGUUUCCCUUAAUGGUUUUAUUGAAAAAAACACAUUAUCUCAAAAAAUUGAACAAAUUUGCAUAAAGAAACAAGAAUUGGCCAAGUUAAUAGGGCAUCCAUCAUCAAUUUUAGAAGUGAUUUUUCUUAAAGCUCCCAAAAUUCCAAAAUUCAAUAUUUGAAUAGUUAUGGGUGCAAAUUAGUGGACAGAACAUGAAAUUGAUGACCAUAGUUAGCACUGUGACAAUAUUUUAUUUUCGUCUAUAGUCUACCACUUGCUGCAAAAUUUAACUGUGAACAAAAGAAAAUUUUAUGGCAUACUAAUAGCUAGAAGCAACAGUAGAACAUUGUAGACAAUGAUUUUCUUUUUACUAUUUAUACCUGAACAUCCUGGUAUACUCAAGUUUAUGAACAAGUUAUAUUAAAAUAGUAAGUGGGAGAGGGGGGGGGUGAAUAUUCAUAUAUUCAGCUCUGCUUGACCAAUUUGAUUUGUUAGUGAUUAUAAUUUCAAAAGCAGAAUAUAUGAAUAUUCACACACACCUCCACUUAACGUUCUAGUUUCGCCCUUUAAUGGGUGGAAGUUUUUAAUUUUAGCAAACCACCCACAUUGAUUAUGUAUUUUUCCAUUGCCAAGAGCAGAUAGAUUCGUUAAAAAAUGCAAAAUGUUUUGUUUUUUA